AUUUCACAGUCGUUUUGCAAUCCCGUCCCGGAUCGCACUUGUCGUCGCUGAUCGUUGUGUAGCGAAACAACAUAGCUCAGACAGUUGCUCGAUCUAGUUUGCCUUGCUCAAGUUUAUAAUAAGUGUCAGUGCCCUUCGUUUCAUAAAGGUCUUGAAACAUUUAACAUUGAUAUAAAAUUGUGCAGCUUCAUCAAGUUGUAUAAGUUUUGCAAUCACUUGCAUCCAUUAGGUUGAAAGAACCAACUUUCCAUCAUAAUGCAGCUACUGUCGGGAUUGGUAAAAACAACCCUGCCGAACUACCUGUCUGGAUUGCCCAUUCCGGAUAGCUUCGGUGGAUGGUUCCGGCUAGGAUUCAAAGAUUGGCUUUCGCUAGUGCCACCAACGGCGGCCGUUGCUGGCGUGGUGUACAUGUCCUACAUGGCCUUUUGUCCUCAUGCACGUCCUAAGACUUCUACACGGGCAAACAACAAAAUUCGUCUGGAAGAGGCAAAGGUUGUUGAUAUGGUCGAUAUCGAGGAUAUUGCUGAGAAGGCAGCCUUCUGCCGAUGCUGGAAAUCCAAGAACUGGCCCUACUGUGACGGAUCGCAUGGAGCACACAACAAGGAGUGCGGUGAUAAUCUGGGACCAGUUGUGGUGCAGCGAAAGAAGAACUAAGCGUUGCAGCCAACCCGUUCCAGUGAUUAGGCCUAGCCGAACUAAAACACCCUAAAAAGCUACCACAACCAUUAGAAUAAUACAAUACGCGUUCUCGUAUGCCUGCUAUACAAAAAGGGAUUUGCAUUUCUCUACUGUCACAAAGUUUUGUUCAUCACAUAUAUACUUCAUUUGAUAAAAUCCUUUGCAACUUAAAUAAGACUCGGUUCGCUUACUUCAAAGCAAAGAAAAAAAAAGCAGCAUUACAGCAGCAAAACUCCGAAAAGGUGCGAUAUAAUGAACUAACAACAAUUUCUUUUCAACAUGCCUAUUCACCU